AAUACACGCGGAAAUGAAAAAUGAAUACAAUUGAAUAUAAUAAAUAUUGGCGAUAAUAUUGUUAUAGGUAAGAUUGGAUAAUACAAUAUAAUACAAAAUAAGAUAAGAGAAGGUGAGACCAAAUAUUACAGAUGAGUAGGGAAGAAAUCAAGAGGCUCAGAGUUGACCAUAGACCUUUACUUCAAUAUAUUAUAUCGGUGAAAUUGAUAUCUCAACAAGAUUUAAGUGAGUUUGUGAAAGAUUUGAUGGUUAGUAAAAUCGAGGAAGAUUAUGAUGAAGAAAACCGAAUUGAGGCAUUGGAGGCAUUUCAGGAGUUGAUGCAACUGGAUAAGCACUUUUUAUUGAAUAGGUUGGAAAAAUUGGUGCAUGAGAUGAACUUAUUAUUGGAGCCAGUAGAUUUCGAGGUGAAGAAGUUCAAGAACCACUACGAUCUUUGCACAUUCUAUUCUGACGAUCCAAAUAACCCAGUGGAUAAUGCCGAUAUAGAUAACAACAAAGAUGGAGAGCAGGAAGAAAACAGCAGCGAUGAAGAACACACUCCAGCUGCCAACAACUACGUUAGACACAGAGACAGAAAAAUCGAAAGGGUGGAAAGCAAAAUCUACUACACGUUUGUUAACUUGAAGAUGGACGAGGCAUCAAAGUUGGCCUCGUAUUUCAGAGCAGACUCUGUGGGCGUCAUCAGAAAGAUAUUGGAAACCAUCCUCACACGCAACACAAGCACCUUCUCCAUCACGCCCCGAGAGGUCUACGUGUUUGCGUCCGAGCUCGGCGUCGGCUUCAAGUUCGUCCGUCUCCUUCUCAAGCAGCUUCUUCGCAACGGCUGGCUCAACACAAACUCGGCCGGAACGCUCUACGUCGGCAACCGUACCUUGAUUGAGCUACGCGAGGCCUUGAUCGACGAGUACGGCGUUUGUCUGGCCGGAGUGCCCGAUAACACGGUUGAUGUCAACGCGGACGGCCUCCUCUACGUCUGUGCUGGUUGCCACGGUCUCUUCACGUUCGGACUCAGCUGCACAAACAGCCACUGUCGCACUCGCUUCCACCAAGACUGUCUCUGGCACUACGUCCGGGCAACGGCAGCCGGCGGAAACUCGUGUGUCUGUCCGGGACCGCAUUGUGACGGUGUUUGGAACCUUCGGACGCUUUGUCCGUUGCAAAAAACACGGCUUCUGCUUGAAUAAGCAGGGCGCUAUCCAAAACAACACACGAUUUUUGGUGAUUCUGUUGAAA